GGCUCGCUGCCCCAGCGCGCUUAUACGGCCCAUACCCAGGCGCUCGCAGCACAAAACUAGUGCAGCUAUGGCCCGCUGCUCCUGCGUCCUCACGGGCACCGGCGUUACUGGUACGCUCGUCCUCUCGCAGCCGAGCGAAUCACAGCCUACUGUCAUCGACGGCUCGAUCAGCGGCCUGGCGCCGGGGCUCCACGGCAUCCACGUCCACAUUUUCGGUGAUUUCAGCCAGGGUCUGACGAGCGCUGGUGGCAUCUUUAACCCCUUCGCGAGGAACCACGGCGGCCCGAACGACGAAGAGCGGAUGGCCGGCGACCUCGGCAAUUUGGAGGUGGCCGAGGACGGCUCCUGCAGCGUGCACAUCGAGGACAGGCACGUGAAGCUCAUCGGCCCCCACUCGAUCAUCGGGCGGUCGAUCGUCGUCUUCGGCGGCGAGGACGACUUCGGCAAGGGCGGCCACGAGCUCUCGCUGUCGACGGGCAACCCGGGCCCGCGCGUCGCGGGCGGCGUCGUGGGGAUCGCGCCGUCCUAGGCGUUGCGCUGCGUGCGGUUUUCUUCUGAGCCGGCCGGGGCGCGGGCCGCGCUGUUAACACUCGGUAUAGUAGAA